AUGGCGAGAUCCUUUGGAAUUCUCUUGGGGGUGUUGCUUGUCUUGUCCUCCCCAGUAUCGUGUCUCACGGCAUGGUGGACAGAGCUGAGCCCCCAUCUGGCGUUGCAAGACCCUGCGACGGGCGAUAUUCAGUACACCGCUUGCAAUAGCAACUCGACGCCCAUCUUGCCAACAGAUGGGCUCAACAUUUUUCUUCUGCAGAGAAAGCCGAGACUUGGCACAUCUAUCGCCGCUGCUGGGUGGUACGAUGUGCCGAAGAAGACGACAAUUGCCUCGAUUUUCUAUCAGGCCGAGGACAACUCCAUUGUGAACGGCUACUUCACCUGCAAUUUCGAUACAGGCCAUUACGCCAUCAAGGGCGAGUACGUCAUCUCAGCAACGGCCGGGCUCGAGUCCAUACACAACCAGACUGGCCUAGCCGUCGAGCUACUGGGUGCGGAUGAUGGAUAUCGUGUCUUCUUUCACGAUGAAGCAAAGACGGUCAAUGUUUUAUCGUACACGACCAAGACCGACUGGCAGUUGCAGGGGCCAAUAUCGCAGGACCCUGUGGAAGGAAUGGCCUUGACCUCGGUACACUCGGGGCAGCUCAAUAUGUCUGUUGUCUUUCCUAAAGACUCGGAGAAUGUCGAAAUAUCGAGGUUUUUCAAGGACGAGACGUGGCAUCUUGCUACUCUGCCUCGCCCACUCCUAGGGAACGCAAAUGAAUCGACGAAAGCAGCCGAUAUCCACCUCGAUUCGACGCUUACUCCGAACUUCACCAUGCCGGCUUUCGCAAGUAACCUAACUUCGCUAGGCGCAACGGUGGAUAAAGCAUAUGUGCGCAGCAUUUUCUACCUGGGAACAGAUGCGAGGCUGCAUCAAAUGUCGAACAUCGAUUGGCAGUGGAAGCUCAUGCCUGACCAGGAUGCACGUCUCUGGCCUGCUGCGGAUGCUGCGAGUGGCUCUUUCGCGACAACAAGCAACUUUGACACCAGCGAAGCGUGGAUAUGGUACCAGUCAAAUGGGAGCCUGGUUCAGUUAUACCAUGCCGAAGAUGGUCUUUGGAAACAGGCCGUGGUGGUACCCAGCUUCAACGCAACAAAGGCGGUCGAAGAAGAGCCCCAGGGAACAGCAACACCUUCAGCUUCAUCGACGGCCUCAGCGAAACCAGUUGUCCUGUCGACUGGAGCUAAGGCUGGCAUAGGGAUCGGCGUUUCUUGUGGAGUUGUUGCGCUUGCUGGAGGUGUCAUCCUCCUCCUAGUGCGGAGAAGGCGGCAACGGGCAGCCGAGGCCGCCGAGGCUGCUCGUCUGAAGGAAGCCGAAGCCUUUGGAAACUUGACGUGGGGUCCCGAGACGCCGAACGAGAAACACGGCACCGAGAUACUCGAGGCAGACGCGGUGGAUACGACUGCACCACAAGAACUAGCCAAUGGAGGCGAAAGAUACGAGCUCGUUGGCGAGGGCCAUUGGAGAGAAAUGGACGCAACAGGGCAAAAUAAAGCGAGGAGAAGUAUCGGAGGUUGGAGAGAGGCGCAAGAGGCGGCAACGAAGAAGUAA